UUGAAGAGCUGUACGUGGCGGUCUCUGUUGGUGAACCACCUGGUCCCUUCUUGACCCAGCAUCCAGUUCGGGGGCCACUCGAUUUGAGCUCUGCAUUGAGCUCCAAGUUAACUCAGAGGGCCUCAUCGAUCAUGGCUCUCCCAACGCCACCCAAGACAGCCGCUAGUCCGCCGCGCGUUGCUUCCGCCGCCGAAGCACUCACACCACUCAUUCAAUCGACAUACAAAUCGCCUGACAUCAACUGCUAUCUCAAUGGACGGAAGACGACCAUCUCUAAUGCGAAUCCGCACUGGACGCUGUUGGACUACAUCCGCGCCCAGUCAAAUCUCAAGGGCACAAAACUGGGAUGUGGCGAAGGAGGGUGCGGUGCAUGUACAGUUGUAUUACAGGUUCCAGACACAUCUGACAAGAGGAACAUAAAGCAUUUGGCGGUCAAUGCCUGCUUGUUUCCGUUGGUUGGAGUUGAUGGCAAGCAUGUCAUCACCGUCGAAGGCAUCGGCAGUGUGGAAAAGCCGCAUCCUCUCCAGGAGAGAAUCGCAAAGAUGCAUGGUAGCCAGUGCGGGUUCUGCACACCCGGAAUAGUCAUGAGCUUGUAUGCCAUGGUGAGGAACUCGUACGAUCCGGAGACGAAGAAAUUCACGCUUAGUGAACGUGACAUCGAGAUGGAAGGCCAUCUGGAUGGAAACCUCUGUCGAUGCACUGGCUACAAGCCGAUUCUGAAUGCAGCGAAGACCUUCAUUGUGGAAGACCUUCAAGGCCAGCUUAGCGAAGAACCUAGUAUUCAAAGCUCCGAAGAUGGUAAAGCCGAGAAGGAGGUUGCUGAUCUUGUGAGAAACGGUUGUGGUGGGCCGUCGAAAAGUUCUUGUGGAAGACCUGGUGGUUGCUGCCGCGACAAGCCUACCAUUCCUUCGGAUAGCAGCUCCAACGACAGCAUAUCAGAAGCAUCGACACCGCCCACAGAGCCUGCAGACUCUCCAGGGGAUGGGCACAUUCCCGCGAUCGUUGCUGUCUCGGAUAAGCCGGAAACUGACCCUGCUGUCAGCGGCGCGACGUAUGCGAAGCCGUUGAAGAGCAAGGAGAAGGAAAGCACAGGCAAAGAGACCAAGACGACAACAUCUCUUGAGACCGAAAUUUCCAGGACAAAGCAAGGAGUUCCAGUCGUUCAGUUCAAAGAGUAUGUUCCAGAUACGGAGCUUAUUUUCCCACCUUCUCUUUGGAAAUAUGAGCCACAGCCUCUGUGCUAUGGCAAUGGGAAGAAGAUCUGGUUCAGGCCAACGACGUUUGAUCAGCUCUUGGAAUUGAAAGAUGCAUAUCCUUCAGCAAAGCUGGUUGGUGGUGCGAGCGAAGUGCAAGUCGAAGUGCGUUUCAAGAACUCUGACUUCGCGGUUUCGGUGUACGUCUCGGAUAUCCCUGAAUUGAGGCACACAAAGCUACCACUCGAGGCUGAACUGGAGACAUCCAGAGAGCUGGUUAUUUCUGCCAACACUCCACUUACAGAGCUCGAAGCUAUCUGCAAACAGGUCUACGCGAAGCUGGGAAAGCGUGCAAUGGUACUCGAAGCUUUACGCAAGCAGCUCCGCUACUUCGCUGGACGACAAAUUCGCAACGUCGCCUCGCUUGCCGGUAACAUCGCAACUGCCUCACCGAUUUCAGACGCCAAUCCCGUACUCCUCGCUGCUGGUGCGACGCUCGAGGCUGUCAAUAAGUCGAAAGGAGUCCUGGAGCUGCCCAUGAAUAAGUUCUUCGUUGCGUAUCGCACCACAACUUUGCCGCCGGAUGCGGCGCUGAGUCGCAUCAGAAUACCUUUACCAGCACCUAACGUACGCGAGGUGUUCAAAGCGUACAAGCAAGCCAAGAGGAAGGACGACGACAUUGCAAUUGUCACCGCUGCCUUCCGAGUAAGGCUCGAUAAAGAUGACAAUAUUGAAGAACUCUCACUCGUAUAUGGUGGAAUGGCACCAACAACCAAAGACUCUCCCAAGACGCAGGCAGCCUUACUAGGUAAGCGGUGGUUCCACUCGGAAACAUUGGACAUCGCGUUAGCCGGCCUACUUGAAGACUACGACCUUCCCUUUACAGUUCCUGGCGGCAUGGCCGACUAUCGCAAGACUUUGACUCUGUCGCUGUUCUUCCGCUUCUGGCAUGAGUCUGCCGCUGAACUCGGACUUGGUGACGUGGAUACAGAGGUCAUCGAUGAGAUCCAUCGUGCGAUCUCGACGGGUGCGCGCGAUGACGUGAAUCCAUAUGAGCAACGGAUCGUUGGCAAGCAAAUCGCCCAUCUCUCUGCACUCAAACAAUGCACUGGAGAGGCAGAAUACAUCGAUGACAUGCCUCACUUCGAGCGUGAGUUGUACGGCGGCUUGGUUCUCUCCUCGAAAGCGCAUGCAAAGCUACUCAGCGUCGAUUGGGAGCCUGCUCUGGCCAUGCCUGGCGUAGUUGGGUAUCUCGAUAAGGACUGUCUCCCGAAGGAUCAGAACAUUUGGGGUUCCAUUAAGAAAGAUGAGCCAUUCUUCGCCGACGGAGAAGUUCGGCAUCAUGGGCAGGUCAUUGGCAUGGUGUAUGCUGAGACCGCACUGGAAGCGCAAGCUGCGGCAAAGGCCGUCAAGGUUGAAUACGAACCUCUCCCUGCGAUACUGACUAUUGACGAGGCUAUCGAAGCGAACAGCUUCUUCCCGCACGGCAAACUUUUGAAGAAAGGUCUUGCUCUUGAGGACAAGAUGGAGGAAGCUUUUGCGAUGUGCGACAGAACAUUCGAAGGGCAGACCCGCAUGGGCGGUCAGGAACACUUCUACCUUGAGACAAAUGCUGCGCUUGUGAUCCCUUCCGGUGAAGACGGCUGCAUGGAGGUUUGGUCAUCGACGCAGAACACUAUGGAGACUCAAGAGUUCGUGUCCGCCGUCACCGGGGUGCCGAGCAAUCGCAUCAACGCACGGGUCAAGCGUAUGGGUGGAGGUUUCGGCGGCAAAGAGUCACGUAGUGUUCCUUUCGCUUGCUACCUCGCUAUCGCAGCGAAGAAGGAGAAGCGCCCGAUGCGCUUAAUGCUUAACCGCGAUGAAGAUAUGCUUCUCAGUGGGCAGAGACAUCCUGUUCAGGCACGCUGGAAGGUGGGUGUGUCGAAAGAGGGGAUGUUGCUUGCCAUGGAGGCAGAUGUGUACGACAAUGCGGGCUUUUCGCAAGACAUGUCCGGUGCUGUCAUGGACCGCUGCCUCACGCACUUCGAUAACUCCUAUGAGUGUCCUAACGUCCUCCUUCGAGGCCACGUCUGCAAAACAAAUAUUCACAGCAACACAGCCUACCGUGGAUUCGGUGCGCCUCAGGGCCAGUACUUCUCCGAGACGAUCAUGUACAACAUCGCGGAAGGCCUGGGAAUGGAUAUUGACGAGGUGCGACAGAAGAAUCUCUACAAGGUCGGGGAACACACUCCUUUCCUACAACUCAUCGACGAAGACUGGCAUGUUCCAAUGAUCCUAAAGCAGCUGUCAAGGUCUGCAGACUACGAGAAACGAAAGAAGGCAACCGAAGACUUCAACGCUAAGAACCGCUGGAAGAAGCGCGGCAUAUGCUUAGUGCCUACCAAAUUCGGCCUCAGUUUUGCAACUGCCUUGCAUCUGAACCAGGCUGGCGCAUACAUCAAGAUAUACCACGACGGCAGUGUACUAUUACAUCACGGUGGUACCGAGAUGGGCCAAGGCCUAUACACAAAGAUGUGUCAGAUCGCUGCACAAGAAUUGGGCACCCCACUUGACGCGAUCUUCACGCAAGACAGCUCAACAUAUCAGAUCGCGAACGCUUCACCCACAGCCGCCUCGUCAGGAUCCGAUCUCAAUGGCAUGGCAGUCAAGAAUGCAUGCGAUCAACUCAACGAACGCCUGAAGCCAUAUCGCGAGAAGCUAGGCAAGGAUGCGGCGCUCAAGGAGAUCGUCCACGCUGCCUAUCUCGAUCGAGUCAACCUGGCAGCCAACGGCUUCUGGAAGAUGCCUAGAAUUGGCUACCAGUGGGGCAACUACGACAUCAACACCGUCAAGCCUAUGUACUAUUACUUCACGCAAGGCGCGGGUUGUUCAGAGGUAGAAGUCGACUUGCUGACUGGAGAUUCCACGGUUUUGAGAACCGACUUGAUGAUGGACGUUGGCAACUCUAUCAACCCCGCGAUCGACUACGGUCAAAUCGAAGGCGCCUUCGUUCAAGGCCAGGGUCUCUUCACGAUGGAGGAGUCUCUCUGGACGCGCUCGGGUGAGCUCUUCACCCGUGGUCCGGGCACAUAUAAGAUUCCUGGUUUCAGUGAUAUACCGCAGGUGUUCAACGUGAGCAUGCUGCGGACAGACAAUGAUGGGAAGCCACUGUCAUGGAACCAUCUGCGCAGUGUGCAAAGCAGCAAAGGCAUCGGCGAGCCUCCGUUGUUCUUGGGAUGCACGGUCUUUUUCGCGAUGAGGGAGGCCAUUAAAGCGGCGAGGAAGAUGAAUGGACGGAGCAUCCUAGGAGGAGUAGGCAAGGAUGCCUGGAAGUUGGACAGCCCUGCCACGGCGGAGAGAUUGCGCUUGGCGGUAGGGGAUGACUUGGCAAGGCGGGCCGAAGUGAAGCGCAAAGAGGGCGAAACAAGUUUCUUUGUUGCUGUGGCAUAGAUAGGCCCAUGGAGAUGGAUGCCUUAAGUAUUUCGCGGCGUUGGAGUGCGAUUUCACGAUUUGUGUAUAGCAUACAUGAUAUACUUAGAUGCGCAAGGCUGCAACACG